UUCCGUUCGUUUCGUGGCGCGUCCCGGGUUCGGCGCGCAUGUCUGUUUUGCGUGCGCGAGACGCGACAGUUUGCAUAUGGCGGGCGGGUAUUAUGCUGUCGGUGUUUACGGUUUCCCGUGCGAUAUCUCGUCCGCGAAUGCCGUCGCCGACGAGUUUCCCGUGAAGCAGGGUCGUCGUCGCGGUGCCCGAUGGUCAUCGACAACCGACGGCGCCUGGACAUGCGCGACGCGAUGCGCUGCCUCGUGCCGGCCUUCUCGGCCGGCUUCGGCGAGCAGAUUGAGGAAUACGAAGUGCUGAAUCUACUGGGCAAGGGCGGCUACGGCAGCGUAUACCGGGCGAGAUGUCUUCGCAGCGGCAUGGAAGUGGCGAUCAAAAUGAUCGACAAGAAAAUGAUGCAAGUCGCUGGGAUGAUGAACAGAGUGAAGCAGGAAGUCACGAUACAUACUCGGUUGAAACAUCCUGUUAUCCUAGAGGUGUAUACGUGCUUCGAGAAUGCACAUUACGUGUACCUGGUUUUAGAAUUGUGCCACAACGGUGAGCUGCAACGCUACCUCAAAGCGCAGGGCACCAAGACUCUAUCCGAGGAACAUGCCGCCUACAUAAUCAAGCAAGUGGUGCAGGGUUUGCUCUAUCUCCAUUCCCACCAAAUACUCCACAGAGAUCUGUCGCUGUCCAAUCUACUCUUGACGAGAAGUAUGCAGGUGAAAAUAGCGGAUUUCGGACUGGCCACGCAGUUGAAUAAGCCGGACGAGAAGCACGUGACCAUGUGCGGCACACCAAAUUAUAUCUCGCCUGAGGUUGCUACGAGGUCCUCGCACGGGCCAGAGGCGGACGUCUGGAGCUUGGGGUGUAUGUUGUACACUCUGUUGGUGGGCAAGCCACCGUUCGAGACCGACGCGAUCAAGAGUACCCUGACUCGGGUGGUGAUGGCUGACUACGAGAUGCCGCUUCAUCUGUCGGACAACGCGAGGGAUCUGAUAGAUAAGCUGCUGAAGAAGAAUCCAAAAGAGAGGAUACGCCUGCGGGACAUUCACAAGCAUCCAUUUAUAACGAGCAUCGAAAAGAGCAGGUUACGCAAUGAAAGAAGCGGCGCGAGCAAAAAUCCAUUCACCGAUGGCAUGAUGGAUUCUGGGCUUGGCAGGACACUCUCGUCGUACGAUCGACCGAAGAUGCGAUCCCGCUCGGAGGAAAGGAUGUCCACGAUACCGAUGAUGCCCAUGGUCAGCGUGAGAAGUGAGCCGUUGUCCGAGCCUGUUGCGAAAAUGCGUACAAACCACCGAGCGAGAUACGCCCAUUGCCGCCCGAAAGAGGACUCGUUGAUAAGCAGUCCGAUACCGCGCGGCAGAGCGUUCUCACAAAGCGAACAGUACGGUGCCUACGACGAUUCCGAGAGACUGAGGGCGGCGGAGAGGCACAAGCCGAGGAAGGAAGUCGUCGCGGAGAACCGUAGCGCAGAAGGAACUGAAAAGAAGUUCGAGACCAAGUUACAAGUGCCGCCCUUGAAUUCCAAUAGAUUGCAACCUACCAGGCACAGAGCGAAGAACGCCAUUCUCACCAUUCUGGAUAACGGGGAAGUGUGCGUCGAGUUCAUCAGGAAACACAGAAACGGCAUGGAAAAGAUAACCGAGGUGUGCAGGGUAUCAGGUGACGGUCUACGAGUCGUUCUCUACAAACCGAGCACGACUACGGAGAUUGGCUCGCAACCUUUACCGUUGCCUAGCCGGGGCGCCGAUAGUAUCUAUUCGUACGAGAAUUUGCCGGCGUGCCACCAUCGGAAGUAUUUGUACGCCUUUCGUUUUGUGAAACUGGUCCAGGCAAAAACCUCCAAGUUGACGCUGUACACUCAGCGCGCCAAGUGUCUGUUCAUGGAAAACGGUCCGCAACCUGAUUGCGAAGUGCAUUUUUAUAAUGGAAUAAAGGUCGUCCGAGAGGAUAGUGUUGUUAGGAUCACCGACAACAGCGCUGCCACGUACGUCGACGGUGCGUUUCCGUCGCAUCUCGAGACCUAUUACGAGCAUUACUCGGAAUGUUACCAGCGUUGCCUGCUACUGGAGUCCACUCUGGCGUCUCUGGAGGCAGCCACCGGGCAUUCCUACUUCCCCGUGAUAAUCGGACGACGGCCCAACACGGCCUUGAGCGAUGCUCCCUACCUUCAGGGGAAAGAAAAUGUCUCGCCCAGCACAAAUGGUUCCCCCGUUUUGCCAUCGUUCGGCACUACCUGCUCCAUGAUAUCGACGGCGACUUCUAGGUCGCGCAAGAUCAACUCUACGCAUAAUUCUUGCCACACUGUGAACAAGGUAGCGGUACCGGGAAUUGGUUUUGCCACGAAAUUGUCGUCCGGCGAUAUUAGGGUUGACUACAAGGACGGAUCCGCCUUGACUGUAAGUCCACAAAAUCACAGUAGCGGCAUCACGUACGAGACUCAGGACGGCAUCGUUGUACGAUAUAACAAGCAUCAUCAGCAGAACUUGGAGAUGCCGGUCCAGGAGAAGCUCCGACAGUUGCCGACGAUUAUCAAGUAUCUCAUAGAACCUAUGCACAAGGGCAUUCGGUAGCUCUGCGCGAAAAAUAUCCGAUAUUUUGUAUAAUACAAGAAAUCAUUCGCUCCACGGACUGUAAGCUUGCUAUAGAUUUAUAAAUUAGCAUAGAUUUAUACAUAGCUUAUACACAAAUAUAGCUUUAUGAAUAUUUUCACGUACGCAAUAGCGAAAUAAAGAAAGUAUAUUCGUAUCUUUAGCACAGUUUGAGUUGCUGUUUUUGUAAAGAGCAAAAAAGAAAAAUGAAAGCUCGUUAAAUAGUAAGGUAAGGGGAACAGUACAUCUUUUAAGUGUCGAUAUUUAUUUUUAUAGAUAAAGGACGAGAGGCAAUUGUUGCUAGUAAUAUAUUUAUUUAAAGAAAAUUUGAGAAAAAAAUUCUUGUAAGAGUGGAAUAAAAUUGCUAAGUUUCCCAUCGUUUUCGCUGUACGUAAAGGAAUAUUCUACGAAAUCCAGUGUCUCCUGUUCCUCAGAAUAACGAAUUGUGCAGGUACAUUUAUUACUUUUACCGAUAUGGAAAUUAUGCAGGUACGUUUAUAUGUCGGUACUCUUACCGAUGCAAAUGAUCGUGUAAAAUGAAAAUAUUAAAAAAUCGCUACGAUCGCUGUCUCGUUCCGCCGAGCAGCAACGAGGGACGAAUAUGCCGAAUAAAUUGAGUGACGAGAGAACAGACGAGUU